AUGCCGCGAUCUCAGAAAUCUGUAGAAAAGGCAUUAAAGAAGAAGAAUGAAAAGAGUAGCAGUAGUCAAAUUAACAAGAAUUACGAAUUCCGAACGGAGGCAACCUUGAUUAACUAUGGAAAGGUUCCGAAGGGAACCUCUUUUUCUGCAAAAGAAGUGAAAGCUCAAGCCUUUCCAUCAAAAAAGUCCGAUAAGACAAGAAAGCUCUCCGAAGCAAAGAUAUUCUCAAAUAGGAUCGAAUUCAAAGAAAAAGUGAUUCAGAGUAGACGGACUAAAAAGGUCCUCGAGUAUGACAGCAUCAGGCUACUGGAGCAGUUACCAUCCGAUUGUCGUAUGGUCUUUGUGAACUAUGAAAAUUCCAAGAAUGGUUACUUUUUGGUGCUGGGUCUUUUGGAUGCAAGUCAAGCAACGAGAUUUAUGAGUUUGGUGAGAGAAAAUAAUCCAGGCACAGAAAUUCGUUGGGCUGACGUGGACUCAACCACAGAUAAUCGGAAACGCAUAGCAGAACAAGCAUCUGAAUCUGUUCUAAGUGAUUCCACGGCUCAACUAACUUAUCAUGAUUCUGAGAGGAUCUGCAGACGCAAUUCUUCACCUUCGCUUUCUUCUAGAUCUGAGUCCUUCAGGGCCAGACCGUGGACUGCGACAAGUUCGUACAUCUGUGCAGACCCUCACCUUGACGAUGGAACCGUCUAUUCUAGCGGACCGCCCGACAAUUACAUCAGUCAAACGGAAAAAACUCGCAGGAAACCCCGUCGGUGUAGUAGUUACGACUCAUUUGACCUUUCAAACAACAGCGGGUUGCAUCUGGGCGCUAACAAGCUAACUAGUCAAUAUUAUUAUGUUGGGCCCAGUGAUGAAGAGGACUCAAUCUCCGACAACGUGUACCGUGAAAAACUUAAAAGCAAGAAAUCUCACCAUCACAAACAUCAGCAUUAUGCAAUGGGUGAUGAGGUUAGUGUUUCUAUGACGCCCAGUUCAGUUGUUUCAAAUAUUGAUUACUAUUCCAAUGAUUGCCGCAAUGUGAUGAAGGAUAAUUCUGUGAAGGGAUCUCCAGCGAAAAAGACAUCUACUACUCGAAAAUCCUCUUAUCGUCCAAAGUCUAGACAGCUACCGCUUUCGGAGGCUGAGCGAAACAAAGGUAGCUGGCACAGCGACGUGCUUUUUGUCACUCCUACGAAAAAUGGUGGUGUCAAGGUUUCCGCUGAUGGACCUGUGAUGCUCUACACCGCAACUCGGACUAAUGUAAACCGAAGUGACAGCAGUUCUUCUGAUGAUGACAGUACUUCAGAUGCGGAUGGUGACUUCUACUCCUCUGACUCAACGCUUACUCUGGAGAGCCCCAUUAGAGAUCCUAUGCGUCUCGACUUGGAGGCCGACUACUCCAAUGGACGCUAA